AUGCUUUUACCAAAUGAAUACUCGCUAGAUAAAUGUUUUAAGGAAAAUUCUGAAUAUGUUACAAUUAAUCAACAUUUAGUUGAAUUAAAUUUUCCUUCGUUUUUUGAUAAUUUUCUGAAUUAUUCUGAUAAUCAAAAAUUUAUAAUGGAUUUCAAUCCAUUGGAGAUUAUGGAGAAAAUCUCGAAUCAUUUUGACGAGUUUGGGUGGCCUGAAGAUGAGAGACUUUUAAUUGGUGAAAAUAAUAACAAUUUAAUGAGUGUUAAUUUUCUGACAAAAAAUGCAAAUUGGAUUUUAGAAAUUGUAACUCCUAAUAAAGAAAUAAUAGAGGAUGUUCAGUAUGACUUUGGACAUAAAACUGAUCAAGAAAUGGUUAAAACUCUUAAUUUGCUUGAAAAAUAUGCAAAGUUCGUAAUUUAA